AUGACAUCACAAAAGAGCGCACAUCAGAUAUACACCGAACUGACAGAAAAAUACAGAGUUUAUCAGGAAACCGUGUCAUCUCUGAUGGUUAUCAAAACUACAAAAAGUGAUGAAAUUCAACAAAUUUUUCAAAAGAUUAAGGCCAAUCUAAUUGAAACAAAGAUUUUAACACCAGACAGGAUAUAUACGCUCAUUUCUUCUGCCUUUACGUUCAAUAAUCGAUAUUUUAGAUCAUAUUGGACUAUUUUCAAAAUGAUUUAUGAAGAGUUUCAUAUUAAACCACAGAAUCAUAUCGAUCCUGUUUUACAUUACUUCUUUUAUAAAGAAUAUGGAUUGCUUCUGAAUGAUCAUGAUAAAAAAUAUUUCGAAAAAUAUGAAAUUGAUAAAUAUUCAUUGAAUGUCCAUGAACAAAACACAAUCUACAGAGCAAUUAUGUUUGAUGACCAAGAGUCAUUUAUUAUUUUUACUGAACAAAAUGACUUUAAAAUAAACCAGCAUCUUCAAAGCGAUUUCUUUCCAAAAUCAAGCACAGGAAUUUCAUUACUUGAAUUGUGCUGCUAUUAUGGAUCUGUUAAAUGUUUUAAGAUAUUAAUAUCAAAAUUUAACCCAAAAAUCAGCGCUAAUUGUCUUCGAGUUUCAUUUUUAGGAGGCAAUCCAGAUAUAAUGCAUGAAUGCAUGAAAUUCCAAAAGCCAGAUAUAAAAUGUAUGAGAAGCGCCAUUAUUUCUCACAAUAUCGAUUUUAUCACAUUUUUGAAGAAUGAAUACGAAAUUGAUAUUGAUUUAGAAUAUUGCGCGACAUACGGAAAUAUCCAAGCACUACUUGUUAAUAUUGACAUCACAAAAGAAAUUGGAGAAGCCUUUUUAUAUUUACCUUAUUUUUCGCUUACUUAUCUUGUAGAAUAUUUCAUUUCAGCUGGUGUUGAUAUCAAUAUAAAGGAUUCUCAUGGAAGAUGCGCCCUCCAUAUAUCAACAUUGAAUGAUAAUCAAGAAAUAUCAGAACUUCUCAUCUUAAAUGGUGUAACUGUCAAUUCAAAAGAUAAAUCUGGAAGAACACCACUUCAUUAUGCAGCAAUAAAAAAUUAUAAUAAAACAGCAGAGUGUAUGAUUUUGCAUGGGGCAAAUAUUAAUGCGCAAUGCGAUGGAGGAUCAACAGCUCUUCAUUAUUGCGCGAAUUGUAAUAGCAAAGAAACAGCAGAACUUCUUAUUUUACAUGGCGCAGAAAUUAAUUCUAAAAACAAUAAAGGAGACAUUCCACUCCACAUAGCUACACAUAAAAAUAAUCGAGUUUUUGCACAACUUCUUAUUUUGCAUGGUGCUAAUAUAAAUGCUCAAAGUCAAGAUGAAGUUACUCCACUCCAUAUAGCAGCAUAUCAUAAUAGUAAAGAAACAGCAGAACUUCUUAUUUUGCAUGGUGCUAAUUUAAAUGCUAAAGACUCAAAAGGACACACUCCACUCCAUAUAGCAGCACAUCAUAAUAACAAAGAAACAGCAGCACUUCUUAUAUUGCAUGGUGCUAAUAUAAAUGCUCAAAGUCAAGACGAAGUUACUCCACUCCAUAUAGCAGCACUUCAUAAUAGCAAAGAAACAGCAGAACUUCUUAUUUUGCAUGGUGUUGAAAUUAAUGCUCAAAGUCAAGAUGAAGUUACUCCACUCCAUUUAGCAGCAUAUCAUAAUAACAAAGAAACAGCAGAAAUUCUUAUUUUGCAUGGUGCUAAUGUAAAUGCUAAAGAUUCAAAAGGACACACUCCACUCCAUUCAGCAUCAAGUCAUAAUAGUAAAGAAACAACAGAGCUUCUUAUUUUGCAUGGUGCUGAAAUUAAUGCUCAAAGUCAAGAUGAAGUUACUCCACUCCAUAUAGCAGCACAUUAUAAUAGUAAAGAAACAGCAGAACUUCUUAUUUUGCAUGGUGCUAAUGUAAAUGCUAAAGAUUCAAAAGGACACACUCCACUCCAUAUAGCAGCACAUCAUAAUAGCAAGGAAACAACAGAACUUCUUAUUUUACACGGUGCACUUAUUACUUAG